UCAGAUACGAACUUCAAACAGCAAAGACUAAAAGCAUGGCAACCGAUUCUGACAGCCUCGACGGCACUGCCUUUGUUUUUCGUUAUCGGCGUUGUGUUUAUUCCAAUCGGAGCAGUUCUCUUAGUCACUUCUGACAAAGUAAGUACGAUCAGUCCUGUUGAAAUUAUUAUUUGGAAAUAUACUGUACUUGCAGUUGGCAAAAACGCAAAAUCAGUAGUCGUUAUUCUGAAUUCGUAGCCAAUAUUUCUUAAUUGACGCAGGAGGUUGUUAAUGUGAGCUUAAGCUUUGUUUAUGCGACAACAACAAAGUAAACUAAACCUGUGAUAUUUUUUUCCCUGCAUUUAGAAAGGUGUUACGCUGAUCAAGCGUUUAUACGUACGUUACAUGUUUUAAUUUGUCUACUUUAAUACUAAAAUUAACCUCGUUGCUCGUUAAGUAAGACCGCAUAUGACAUUAUUCCUGUUCGUAAGUUCCCUUUCUCUGUUUCUUUUUAUUCCACCGUUUAUGCAUAUCAUCUACAUUAUUUGAAGCAAGAAAUUUUAAGGGAACAAAUUAUUUUUAAUUAAGAGCAUGUUUAAAAUACAGAAAGAGUUGGUAUUUAUUCUUGUCUGAGCAAAUCAUGUGCAUUCCUAAAAUGAAGAUUUACUUGAAUAACAAAGUUUUGUGUCCUGAAGUCCAAAUCCUAACCCUUUCUUGAUAAAAGAUGUUAGCUUUGCAAGGCCUCCAUCUACAUGGUAAGCAAGCGUUGUUAGCCAAAUUGGACCUGCCUGUUAAAACAUUGCAUUUAAAAAACAAAUGAUUAAAUAAUUAAGGAGUAAGACAGAGGAGGAACGAAUAGUAUCCCAUGAUGCACCUCGAUUCAUGUUAUAUUAUCACUGCGUACGUGACACAUCAUGAUCAGUAAUCUUCAGCACGCGCGAAGUGAACAUCGAUCGCAGUGCUCGAUGUGGAUGGUUUCCAAACAUGUUUCGGUUCAGCAGCUUCUGCUUUUGAGAUUAUCGAGUUGGAUUAUAUUCACUGUGCUUUAAAGGAGAAUUUCAGCGUUGCUUUGACUGAAGAAGGGUUUUACAUGUAUUUCACUGAUCUGUCGAGAACUACUUGUGCCGUGCUCGGUCGCACUGUAAACACAAAUUAUAAGACUUGCAAUUGAUAAGCUUCGCUAGGUUCACUAGGAGAACCCAGGCCAGAGGAGAACCAAAACUAUGACUGAUCUAUAAAAGUGGUUCCAACAAAACAUCCGCUACGCUGUGAAGCUAAUUACCAAAGGAGAAUUUAUUACAGCAUCGCGCUCAAAGGAGCUGAAGUUUACAAUGGCAGUUACAAAUAAAAUUUAACCUAUCGAUGCGACAAACAAUUCUCAGCAAUUCUCUGAAGCACAGUCUACCCGGUACUGACUCAAGCAAUCUUCAAGGAAAUUUUCUGGCCAGAAUACUGAUCUGUUCUUUUGAAUAAAUAAAGUUUCUGAUUUUUUUUUUUUCAAAUUCUGAGCAGGCUUCAGUUUACGUUGUGCCGGCUUGCAUGCUGCGUGGUACCUUCCUUUGGGUUCUUUUCACACUGAAACACACCAUUAUACACCGCUCCUUCUUCGAAUUAAAAUAAUUAUAGUCAAAUUCCUUAUAAAAAUAACCUCUUUGAAAAUACAAAGUGAUUGCUUCGGCAUAAAGCGCUCUCAAAAGCGCCCAACAGAUUGUAGACUUCAUCAGGCUUUAAACAUAUAUUAUGACACAUGGCGUUGAAAUGUGAUAAAAGAUUCGAAAUUUCAGCCAUCUUUGGUCGACAAAAAAGUCUUCAAAAUGUGGGUACUUCUGGGUACUUCUUGGCCUGUACAAUAUUCAGGACUUCAUUUUGCUGGCGUGAGGUCCACAUUUGGAAGAUUUCAACAUAUAUUCCAAAAACUCUUGAAUAUUCAUGACCUGGUUGUGGGUCACUGAACACUUUGUGAUGGGAAGACUAAUUGAAACCGUGAAAAUAAAUGUUUCUAAGUGGAAACUUCGCUCUUAAGCCAUUGCAAAUCGGAGAAAUCAUGUCAAAUAACGAAAUAAUGUAAUUUUUUACUUUUACUGGAAAUCGAGUGAGAAAAAAGCCGACGAGAAAACGACCUUAUUUCAAGAUGGAAUCUGCUAUGACUGCGAUGUUGCGUGAUGCUUCCGGAAAAAUGCAUCAUGGGAUACUAUUCGUUCCUCCUCUGGGAGUAAGAAAAAAUGUUAUACAGCCAUCCCCCAAAGGGCAGGUGAAUAGCGGUGGUUAUAUAGACACGAAGUGUCGAGGUAUAUAUCUAGCGCUAUGAACCAACCCUGAGGGGGAUAGUUGUUUUAGUAUGUACCAAAUCAGUUGGAUAAAAAUCAAAAUAGGAUUUUUCUGUUAAUAAAAGACGUCCCUUAGUUAGAGUUUGUUUAUAUUUCAAUUGACAGUGUUUUAUGAUUUUGUUACAAAUUCAGUUAGAAAAGUUUUUCCUACCAACCUGUAAACACCAGCCAGCCAAAUUUUGUCUCUUUCUCGGUAUUUGUUGGUACAGCUGCCUCAUUUACCGCUAAAAUUGCAUCUUUCGAAACUGUUGCGAAGGAAGAUGCCAUUUUGAAUCCCAUUCCAAAACAGUGAAUAUCCAAGGAUAUUCCGAGUUACGUGAGCCAAUCAGAACGUGCGAAAAUGCCCUGAUUUGGUGAAUACUAAAGAUUGAUAGAUCAAGGCUGUGCUAUAUGAUUUCUAUCCAAAAGCUGAGAUUUCCUAGUUUCCCAAGAGCGAAAGAAAGGUGCCAGACUGGGGCCUCUAGGCAGUUCUAGAGCACAGCAAUGUAGACACAGUGUGCUAGACAUGGUACCCCUUUCAUAUACUCACAGAGGCAUUUUGUUUAAUGGAUCAGCCUGGCAUUAAUGUGACUCUUCCAGAUACUUUGAUGGACCCUUUGAAAUACCCUAACCCUUUCCUGCCAUAAGCUUCUGGAAUCAUUACCAUUUUAGAUACCUCUAGCUUGAAAAACAUUCUUCAUUUGGGCAGGGCAUCUCCUUUUAGGAGAUGCAAAAAAGCACAGCAAGAUGACUGGUGUAAAUAUACCAAGAAAAAGAAAAGGCUUAAUCAUGAAUUUGUUCUUUGAAGAAGAAUAUUGUACAUGUAGUCUAAUAUUAUUGUACAUACACAGCUGCUGUGUCUGAUAAUUAUUUAAAUUUCACUGCUAGGUGCAAGAACAUACUGUGGAAUACACAGAAUGUAAAGCUUCAGAUGGACAAAGAUGUGACCAAUUCCUUGAAAAUGUCACAAAUACUGGCAAGACCUGUACCUGUAAAGUCAAGUUUAAUCUGACAGAAGAAUUUAAAGGCUCUGUCUUUAUGUAUUAUGGCUUAUCAAACUUCUAUCAGGUGUGAAAAAUAAUGUUUAAUCAUAAUUAUUGAUAGCUCACCAGUUUCUUUAAAGAUCUCAGUGGGCCCAGUAGUUCAAAGGCGGAUUAAAGGGCAAACUGAGGCUAAAGUUUAAUACUGGUUCUUGUUUCUUUUGUUAAAAAGUCAUUUUCUCUGUUCAUUUUAAUUUGUUUUUUUUUUGAGUGUCCAAACAUCAAAUUGUAGGCAAGAAGAGUGGACAGACAUCUGCUUUGCAGGUGUUCAGAUUUGAAGCGGGGUGCAAAGAAAGUCAUUUUUAGAGCUUGCCAUUCUGGCACGCUGAAGCUAACAUUGACUAGCCCAAAGAUCAUUUCAACCAGCCCCAAAAACAUUUUGAUGAGCAGAUUGAUCCCACAGUUCUUCUGUAAUUUGAAUUUUAACUUCACUUGUCCAUCGGACAAGUAAAGAACAGAAUUCACUAGCCCAAUAGCAAAAUCCACUAGCCCCGGGCUAUUGGACAAUACUUUCUUUGCACGCUGUGAAGGUAAUUUUUGCUAUAACUCUGGGUUAUCGUAAUCCUGCUUUGAACAACGUGGCCCUGAAUUACAUCUGCAGAAAGAGAACUAAAGACGUCUUGACCAGCCAUUAUGUAUAUGUUGUAGGAACCACUGUUGUCCUCUCAUUGGUGACAUGACCACCAUUACCAAUGUUUCAAGUCUCUUUGUUUCAGACGCAUUAUCAUACAUUAUCAUACCCUAAAACAAAUGAAAUUUAAACCAAGUCAGAAUAAAACUGGAUUGCAAUGGGAACAUUUUGGAAUAUUAUUUUUGUGACAUACUUUAAGAAAAGGGUGUGUUAACAUUACUGUCAAACUGACAAAACUUACAAAACCAUUUAUUGUGUUGCAAGAAAUAAGCCAAUCAGCUGUGACAAAACUAAACCACAAGCAAGAAUGUGAAUUAGUUUGUGGUUUUGUGGUUUGCUUGCAUGUCUUACUCUUUGCUGUGAUUGGUCCCAACACAAUGAAAAUAACUGAAAUAUUUCAAGUGUUCCUGAUUUUGUUGGUUUGACAGUAACAUUCACUGAAAAUUCUUCUUCAAUGACACCAGGUGAGAACUUAGCCUUAAACAGACUGAGCUUGUUAGAGGUCUUUGCAGUUAGUACAGAGCCAUUCAUAUAGAUCAUUAGCCCAUAGAAGCAGAAAUGACAGUGGACCACAGCAGGUUCAUACUAGGAUCUAAAGUGUUCAAUAUUUAUUUGGGGUUGUGCUUAGACCGCAACGUGAUUUUGUUUUUGUGCAGAACCACCGGCGUUAUGUGAGGUCAAGAGAUGAUCUCCAGCUCCAUGGCGAACUAAAGAGUACAGUGUCAAGUGACUGUGAUCCAUUUAGCAAAGUAAAUGGCACUCCUAUUGCUCCUUGUGGUGCUAUUGCAAACAGUCUUUUUAACGGUAGGUUGUUUUAUACAUGUAUUUCUCUUUUACAUUACAAUCAUCAGUAUAACAGGGCUGACAGUGCUCUACAGUGGAUCCUAUAUAUAACGAGGGGCCAAGGGACUGGCAAAAUUUGUGUGCUAUAACAAGGUUUCACGAUAUCGAGGUUCUUUUCCAUUAUUUUUCUAUUAGUGGGGUAAAGAAAAAUAAUUGUUUGUUAUACUGAAGGCUUCAUCUGAUCUUGGCUACAUGCCCUUUCCCAUCCCUGCAGCCAAAAAAUACCUCCAUAAGUCAGGAACACAACAAUGUAUUUCGUCAAUUACUGGAAACUGUAAUGGAUACUAGACAAGUGGCAAGCCUUAGCAGCCAUUAUGCUGGCGUGAUGCUCAAUGCUCCUAAUUCAUUACAAGGCGAAUACGGAACAUUCAUAGUAAUGUCUUAUUUCUUGUCGUUUUUAAUACAGACAGUUUUACACUCUCCUGGAAUAAGGAUUCUAAUACUCAAGUCCCUGUUGGCCUGACCUACGAGAAUAUCGCUUGGAAAUCUGACCGAGAAGUGAAGUUUAAGAAUCCCCCAGGAAACUUGAAGGAGGCUUUCAAGGACUUUGCUAAACCUCCAAACUGGCCAAGACCUGUGUAUGAGCUGGAUGUUAACAACUCAGAUGAUAAUGGCUUUAAGAACCAAGACUUCAUUGUUUGGAUGAGGACUGCUGCAUUUUCAACAUUCCGCAAGCUUUACCGAAAGAUUAUCCUCACGGGCGAAUUUAAGAAUGGUCUGCCAAAGGGGCAAUAUGAGCUUGAUAUCAAAUACAGUAUCCUCUUAUCCACUGAAUUGUUCUGUGGCAAAUAUUAAAUAAGAAAAUAGUUUCUUAAGUGCUUGAAUAUUUGAGUAUUUUUUGUUUGACAUGACCAGAAAGAAAAUUAAGUUUGGCUGGUAAAAUUGGUCAGCCAUGUCAAGUCACUGAACUAUUUGUUUAAAAAGGGAUUGAACAAAGAAGUAAAAACAUGUAAGCAGGCUGGAGCAUCUGUAAAGAGAAAGGAAAAAAAGGAAAAAUUACAUUUUCUGGUGUAGGUUUUUUUUUCUUUCAUCUGGUUGUUAAGAUCCCAGCCAGACAACUGGGGAUUUCUCAUUUUUCUGAUUGCCCCAGAUUUUGUCAACUAAUGAAGGAAGAAUUGUCAAAGUAUAUAUUCCCAAUCAUCUGGGAUGAACAGGAUCAGUCAGAGAAGCCAGGAGUUUUUCUGAUGUCUUUUCUGUUUGGUUUGAUCUGUCGCAGAUUUCACCCGUGGUGGGAUCUCCAAAGUUAUUCUCAUCUUUAAACUCAGCUUUUUACUGUUCGUUAUCUUGGCAAUAAGUUAGCAAUAACUUUUGAAAAAAGGGAGGGUAAAGGUACACAUGAGCCAAAGAAACAAACCGCAGUCCAGAGCAUAUUCCAGUUUCCAUAGCAUAAAGCAUGUCUAGGAAUAUUAAUUGAUACUACCCCUGGAAGGAAUGCUAGUCCAUUGCAGGGUUCCCCCCAGCAGUUUGUCACCGGUACCCAUUUAUACACCUGGGUGAAGAGAGACAAAGUGGAGUAAAGUUCCUUUUCUCCAGAUCUGCUCAGCCACACAUGCCCCCCUUUUGUACUAGAAAAUAACCACAAGCACAUCUGGAGACAAUCCAGAGCUUGAAAGAAGUCCCGUCCAGUAGCCCGGAAUCAUUAGAUUUUGUUGCUGGGAAAGUACCUUUAAAAGCUCAAGGGUCCAGGCAAGCCAUCCUUUAAGUAAAUCAUUAACUAAGACGAGUAAGAAGAGGUGCCGGGCAAGGAAGGAGUGAGAGCUGCUUGCCCAAAGAACAAGUUGGAAUUGAUUUAUUUUGAGCCUUGCAAUCUCUCAUGAUCUCUGGGGUUUUCUAAGAUUCAGCAGAAGAUCUGUCGCAGUCACGAAACAGCAAAAUCCUGAAUAUUACUGUACUUUAAGUUUUAUAAAUUAUUAAUUUUUGUUGCACUAAAAGUGAAGUAAACAGGUACACUGUCAUCAGUUGUGAUACAGGUGUGUCAUUCAUGUUAUUCAAUGUCCUUUACUUGAGAACAAUAUGUGCAGACUUUCCUGUGACUUCAUUUGAUGGUAAGAAGCGAGUGAUUUUGAGUACAACAUCCUGGAUUGGUGGCAAGAAUCCUUUUCUUGGUAUUGCUUAUAUCACUGUUGGUGUUCUCUGUCUUGUGCUGGGAUUGGCUUUUCUGGUUAUACUCAAGUUUGGAAAAAGGUAA